AGCCCAGAUUUUGUUGUAAGGGCACACGGCCUCUGAUAUUUUGUAUGCAAUUGAAAACAAGUAAACAAGCACAGCUCUCACUCUAUAAAUAGCAGUCAAUUAAGUGACCAACACAUCAUUAAUACAACCAAUCUCUAUAGCAGCUACAUUAAUUUUGAUCAUGUCUCUAAUUAAUCUUAACUACUCCUUCCCUUUCCUUUUAAUUAAUGUAGCUCUCUUUUCUCUUCUGAUUGCCUCUUGCUCAUGCUUCAAUCCCAAGCUGCUUAGUGUCUCAAAAAUCCAAUCUAAUUCAGGUUGGUCUUUCGCUCCUGCAACAUGGUAUGGUAGCUCCAAUGGCGCUGGAAGCGAUGGUGGGGCCUGUGGAUAUGUGAAUGCUGUAGAGCAACCCCCAUUCUCUUCCUUGAUAUCUGCUGGUGGUCCUUCUUUGUACCAAUCAGGCAAAGAGUGUGGAGCUUGCUAUGAGGUAAAAUGCACAAACAAUACAGCAUGCUCUGGGGCUCCGGUAACAGUAGUGAUAACAGAUGAAUGCCCUGGUUGUGAGUCUAAUCAUUUUGAUUUGAGUGGCACUGCUUUCGGAGCCAUGGCACUCUCCGGCCACGCAGAUCAACUGCGUGAUGCUGGUCGCUUACAAAUACAAUAUAGAAGAGUACAGUGCAACUAUCCCGGAGUUACCAUAGCCUUCCAUGUGGAUGCUGGUUCCAACCCUAGCUACUUUGCUUCUGUAGUUGAGUACGAAGCCGGAGAUGGUGACCUAGCCAGUGUUGAUCUCAAACAGGCUCUGGACUCAGACUCAUGGCAACCCAUGCAGCAUUCUUGGGGUGCAGUUUGGAAACUUGACGCAGGUUCCACGUUGACGGCCCCAUUCUCUAUUAAGCUCACUGAAAUCGAGUCCGGGAAGACACUGGUGGCCAAUAAUGUCAUACCCGCCGGUUGGCAGCCAGGAAAAACCUAUAGAUCUCUAGUCAAUUUUUAAUGGCUAGCAGUCUUUAUAUGUAUUUACCUAUGUAUGAAUAAGAUAGAGUUACCCAUUUUGGAGUAAAUGUGGUCUGCUCGUCUUUUUUAUUUAUUGAUAUAACUGGUUUUUUUUCUACUC